GGCAAACCCGAAACGGCGCCAAGAGCUGGUUUUGUCAAAGGCCCCGUGUUCAAGGGCAUCGCUUCCAGUCGCUUCCUGCCCAAAGGCACUAAAACCAAGGUUAACCUUGAGGAGCAAGGAAGGCAAAAGGUGUCUUUCAGCUUUAGUUUAACCAAGAAAACUUUACCCAAUAGAUUCCUGACUGCUCUUGGAAACGAGAAGCAAAAUGAAGCUCCCAACCCUCCAGCAGUUCCCCUUCAGACUGACAUUAACCCCAAAACCAAAAUGGAUCUGGGGGAUUCUGCUGGUUCCACUGAGGAAUCUUCCCCUCCAAAACCCAAGUUAGAGUUAGGGAAGAUUCAUUUUAAAAAACAUUUGCUCAACGUCACAGCAAAACCACCACCAGCUCCAGCAGCAGCCCUAGCACCGCCAGUGACGGAACCCGUGGCCCUGGCUGCGGAGUUCCCCUCCACACCACCUCCUCAUCCUCCUCCUCCUCCUCCCCCUCCACCCACGGCGUCACCGGCAGCACCGGUGCCACUUCCUGCAGUGACAGCCCUGCCACAACCACCGGUGACACCAACCUCGACGCUGCUGCUGUCGCCGCCCGCGGAAGCCGAAGUCCUUGCGUCAAAGCUGCCAUGCCAUGCGCUGCCCAAGGAGGCUUUGGAGCCGGAGGCCAAGCAGAACGUGGUGUCACGUGGCUUGGAAGAACGUGUAGCUCAAACCACGCCCGAGCAGAUGGAAAUAACUCCAAAGAAGGAAGAUUCCCAUAUUGGGAAAGAGGAUGAGAUUUCCGAUGGCUCAAAGGGUGCUCCCCUCUGCUCCCGGAGGCAAGGGGUCAAGAGGAAGUUCUCCCAGUCUGAUGGCACGCUGCAGGGCUCCGAGUCUGAUGAAGACUCAGUGAGAACGUCCUCCAGCCAGCGGUCGCAUGAGCUGAAGGUGUCCAGUACAGAAAAGGAGAGAGAUUCCAGACGGAGCUCCACGUCCCUCCGAAGUGACGACCUGGGGAAGUCCUCCUCGCGCUCCAAGUCGGACAGGGAUGAGAAGUACUCAAGCUACUCUAAAUCGGAGAGAGACUCACGGUACUCGUCCUCCCGCUCUCGGUCAGACAGAGACAGACGGCGAAGCCGAUCGCAUUCCCGUUCCCGUUCCGAUCGGGGCUCCCGAACCAGCUCCUCCUACUCAAGGUCGGAGCGUUCACAUUACUACGAGUCCGAGCGCCGAUACCAUCGGAGCUCUCCGUACAGGGAGAGGUCGAGAUAUUCCCGUUCAUACACAGACAGCAGAGCACGGGAGAGCUCGGACUCAGAGGAUGAGUACAGGAGGACACAUUCCAGGUCGAGCGACUCGAGGCGUACAUCAUCCCACUCCUCCUCCUCCUACAGAGACUCCAGAUCUUCUUAUUCCAAGUCGGACAGAGACAGCAGAGUAGAGUCAUCUCACGCCGAUGUGGAGAGGAGAGGAAGGUCUUCUUCGAAAGCAGAUAGAGAUUCCAAAAGGACUUCUGAAAGUGAAGUUCCCAAAAGGUGCUCUCCCCUUGAUGAACUGGGCUAUCGGAAGGGAACAUCCCAUUCCAAGCCUGACAGUAAUGUGAAUUCCUCCCGUUAUAAAUCCACUCCCUCCAAGCCCCCCGCACCAAAGCCUGAUAAGUUUAAGAGUUCUUUCUGUUGUACAGAAUCAAACGAAGAAGUAAAGCCACAGUCUAAUUCUCUAGAUUUAGAGACCUCUUGUCUAAAAAGCAAUGACAUCAGGGUGUCCAUUGCAAAAAAGCUGGAAAGGGAAAAGACACUUUCUCCAUUAAAUCAGUUGAGCAGUUCACCCACGUUGAAGAAGGCAGACGAGUCCGAAGUGGGUUUGGCCACUUUCAAAUCUGAGGAACUUGCAGGAAACGAAUGCCACAACAGUGUUAAGGAACAAGAAAUGUUAAUAAAGGGAAUGCACGAUCCGUUACGGAUGUGUUUCCCCAUGGAGGUGAGUGUAAACGGCUCCCUGGAGGGCAGAACUGAUGAUCCAGCAACUUCCAGUGUCUCCAAACCAGAGGACGUUGCUGCGUUGUCUGCUGACAGCCUGUGUCCAUCAGAGGCAUCACCUGUCAUGAAGACGAGUCCUUCGUAUUCAUUGCCAUCCAAUGGGUUGGAGAACACGUGUGUGUCUCAAGAACAAGAGUUGAAUGAUCCUCAGGUCCAGUCCAGUGAGUGCCACAGCCUGUUUAGGGAAUCGGAGGCUCCGGUGCCACAGCAGCAGGAGGAAGUCACCCCUUUCCCUGUCGUGAAUGUAGAUCCCACUCAAACUGUCCUGAGCAAAGUAGAUGAUCAGGAGACUCCAUGUGACAAAACCAAAGAACCUGUUUUUUGCUGCGUUUCUGAUGAUGCCACUCCUGCUGUGUACCAUUCAGAAGUUGAAAUUGAAGCGGAACCAGUGGAUUUCAAAGUUACAUCUGAGACUUUCCUGGAUGUGCAGGUAGAGCCGCAGACAGUUACAUGUGAUUAUGAGAGCACGGAGGAUCCCCGCUCCAAGUCUGCCUGUGAGGAUGAGCAUGGCCAUUCUUCCCAUAAAAUUAGCCUGACAGUGGAGAGCUCAAGCAGGGAUUCCUCUCAGGAUGUCUGUUCCCAGAGGCUUGGGUUGGAUCAUCCCAUGCUGGAGGAAAGCGUCUCCUCCAAAUGGGAUGUGCCGCCACCAGCUGGUCACCAGCAUUCAGAAGCUGAAGAGAUGGUGGAGGUGGAUGCUCAGCAUGUUGAUCUUGGUGCAGGAAAAGGCAAACCGUCGUUCCAAGAUGAACAUUCCUACUACUCAGAAGUGCCACUGGAACACCGCAGCAGAGAGGUCAUGGAAGAAAGUGCUGUUUCCACUGAGGGAGUUGGACUGGAUGAUGUGAGGGUUCCAUGUCCCAGCGUGUUGGACGAGAAGGAUGAGGGCAACAAGCCCUCGGUGGCUUCGGCUUUUCCUGAUGCCUUGUAUCCCACUUCCGAUGUCAUUGUCACCAUGGAAGACACAGAGACUGUAACUCAAGCCCUGACAUGUGACAGCAGUGGCAACUCCGCUGAGUUCAUUCCCACUGGCCACGACGAUUACUCUGACACGGGGGAGAGUGACAGCGAGGGGGGCAGUGAAGACAGUGAUACAGAAGACUCGGAUUCUGAUGAUGGCAUGCCACGGAAGCGGCUGCAGUCUGUUGUGGUGGUUCCCAAGAACUCAACCAUAGCCAUGGAGGAGACCAGUCCAGGCUCAUCACGGAGCAGCCAAGGCAACAGGCGUUUCUCUGACCACUGGGAGGAUGAGCGACCUGAGCCCAGCAGACCCUACUAUGAGGAGAGGUCAGAGACUAUGGUGAGUAAAGGCAGUCCACAGGUGGAGAGCCGGUGUUCUCCAAGAGGGAUGGAGAAAAGUCCGGCAACUUCUACGGAGCUGAGCAGGAAGGAGCCAGAGGAGCUGCGGGCAGAUCCGUGUCAGGCACAGAGUGACGGUGUGGACAGCACGAGCCAGGCAGACCUGACAGCAGACUCCCAGAGCAAACCCAGUGUGGAGGAGAGGAUGAUGCUGACAGAGCUGAUGGCCGUUGGAAGGCCCAUGGUCCGACCCGAUGAGCAGCCGUUUUGUCUGCCGGAGAGUUUUGACAGCACUGACACAUCCCGACACCAGAUGAGCUCUUCCAAGCCAGACAGUAGGCAAGGGCAGGGGGGGCUAAACCAGUCAGGCCCUCCAGACUACUCCAGGCUGGAUGAUUUUCAUGCAACAGAGGAGAUGAGUGUAUUGGGCUGGGACUAUUCCCAGGCAGAGAAGCCGAGUAGCACCUACCAGCAGCCGGAUAGCAGCUUUGGGAUGUACUCUGGCUAUGUUUACCAGCCAAGCUCUGGAGCCUACGGCAGCUCACAGGGUUACUGGCAAGGCAACGGUUACUGGGAUGCAAGGUCUACUAGCAGACCUUCUGUGGUUAAUUACGAACGGAUCCAAGGGCAAGUCCCGGAUUCCCUAACAGAAGAUCACGAGGAAUAUGAAGAGGAUGACCGUUGGGAUGAUGACUGCAAGCCUCACUUACCCAGUCCCUCUAGUAAAUGCCAGAUUCCCAUGCAGAAGGAACAAGGCUCAGUGCAGGCACAUGAGAUCAGCAGCAAUUCCACCAAGGAGCCAAUGCCUGGCGGGGAGAAGAAGGAGGAGGGGAAGGUUUUGGAGAAAAAUGAUGUGAAGGAACGAGGUCCACCAAAAAAACGACGCCCAGAGGUGGAGAGUGACUCGGAGAGUGACGUGGACUCCAGGGAGAAGAGGAAAGGGAAACCUGAGGGGGAGCAGGUGGAGUCAGCACCUCAGGACUCCUCCAUGGUAGGUAGGUUGUGCAUCAUGGAUGACUUCCGAGACCCUCAGCGCUGGAAGGAGUUUGCCAAGCAAGGGAAGAUGCCCUGUUACUUUGAUCUCAUCGAGGAGAACGUCUACUUGACAGAGAGGAAGAAGAACAAAUCCCACCGGGAUAUUAAGCGGAUGCUGUGUGAGUGUCCUCCUCUCUCUAAGGAGGAGCGGGCGCAGGGGGAAGUGGCUUGUGGAGAAGACUGUCUCAAUCGCCUCCUCAUGAUAGAGUGCUCUUCCCGGUGCCCAAAUGGUGACUACUGCUCCAACAGACGCUUCCAGAAGAAGCAGCACGCGGACGUCGAGGUGAUCCUCACCGAGAAGAAGGGUUGGGGGCUGAGAGCUGCCAAAGACCUCCCAUCCAACACUUUUGUCUUGGAAUACUGUGGGGAAGUGUUGGAUCACAAGGAGUUCAAGGCUCGGGUGAAAGAGUAUGCUCGGAACAAAAACAUCCACUAUUAUUUCAUGGCCCUGAAGAAUGAUGAGAUAAUCGAUGCAACCCAGAAAGGAAACUGCUCUCGUUUUAUGAACCACAGCUGUGAGCCAAACUGUGAGACACAAAAGUGGACUGUGAAUGGGCAGCUCAGAGUUGGAUUUUUCACCACCAAACUCGUCCCCUCAGGCUCCGAGCUGACGUUUGAUUACCAGUUCCAGAGAUAUGGCAAAGAGGCUCAGAAGUGUUUCUGUGGCUCUGCCAACUGCCGUGGCUACCUGGGAGGGGAGAACAGGGUCAGCAUCCGAGCGGCAGGUGGGAAGAUGAAGAAGGAACGGUCCCGGAAGAAGGACUCAGUGGAUGGGGAGCUGGAAGCUCUGCUGGAGAAUGGAGAAGGUCUCUCCGAUAAAAACCAAGUGCUCAGCUUAUCCCGACUGAUGGUUCGGAUUGAAACACUGGAGCAGAAACUCACCUGUCUCAAACUCAUCCAGAACACGCACUCACAGUCCUGCCUGAAGUCCUUCCUGGAGUGUCAUGGCUUGUCCCUGCUCUGGAUUUGGAUGACAGAGCUGGGAGAUGGCAGGGGAAGCACUGCUAACAACCUGAAGCUGCAGCUGGAGAUCAUGAAGACACUGGAGCUCCUGCCCAUCCCUACCAAGAACAUGCUGGAGGAGAGCAAAGUUCUUCCCAUCAUCCAGCGCUGGGCUCAGACCAAGACUGCAGUGCCUCAGCUCAGUGAGGGUGAUGGCUACUCGAGUGAAAACACCUCACGGGCCCACACACCCCUCAACACUCCAGAUCUGACCACCAAGCAGAGCACAGAAGGUGACACAGACACCCCCAAGAAGUUGGUAUUCCGAAGGCUGAAGAUUAUCAGUGAGAACAGCAUGGAUAGUGCCAUCUCAGAUACAACCAGCGAGCUGGAAGGGAAGGAGGGCAAGGAGGACCUGGACCAGCUGGAGGGAGCCCCAGUGGAGGUGACAGAGGAGCAGCAGCAGCAACAGGAGAUCAAAGCUGCCUCAGACGCUCCAGUGGAAAGCAGCAAACCCCAAAGUGCAGAGCUGGAGGCUGAGCCUGAAGCAGAGGUCAAGGAGAGCAAUGGGACGAAGCUGGAAGAGCCCAUAGCGAUGGAAACACCGUCUCAGGAUGAAGAGGAAGGAGUUUCUGAUGUGGAGAGCGAGAGGAGCCAAGAGCAAACAGAUAAAAUCGUGGAUGUGAGCGAUUUGGCCACCAGGCUGCUUGACAGCUGGAAGGAGCUCAAGGAGGUUUAUCGCAUCCCGAAGAAGAGUCAAGCAGAGAAGGAGAACAAUGUGGCUGACCGUGGGAGAGAGCCUGCUGGCCUCAGGGAUCAGACUCCUACACCCAAGAAUCCCAUCCUGAGCAGGGAGAGGGAUCCUGAGAGGCAGAGCCAGAGCAAAGAGAAGAAGAGACGGAGAGACUCGUUGUCUCCUCCAUCCUCAGGCUAUGAGCGAGGAACAAAGAGGCCAGAGGACAGGUAUGACACCCCAGCAUCUUCCAAGAAGAAAGUCCGACCUAAGGAUCGCAACAAGCUGACCACGGAGGAGCGCCGGAAGCUGUUUGAGCAGGAGGUCGCCCAAAGGGAAGCCCAAAAACAACAACAACAACUCCAAAACCUGGGAAUGACAUCCCCCCUUCCCUAUGACUCCAUGGGCUACGGAACACCCCACCACAGCUUCAUUGGAUACCCCCCUGGAUACCCCAUGCAAGCCUAUGUGGACCCCAGUAAUCCCAAUGCCGGCAAGGUGCUGCUGCCCACCCCUACCAUGGACUCUAUGUGCUCUCCAGCAGGAUAUGAGCACUCCCAGACUUUGGUUGGGCACACAGUGGAACCCACCCUGGCUACUCCUCAGCCAGUCCCAGUAGUCCAACAUGUAGCAACCACGAUGGAGGUGACCACGCCUCAGUAUGUAGCACAGAGCGACACAGUGGUCCACCAGGAAGCCAACGUGGCUGUCCUGCCUGUGGCCACGCCGGGAGCGGUGCAGAGCCAGAGCUAUGGAGUGUGGGAUUCCAGCCAGCAAACUGUGGCUGUCCAACAGCAGUACUCACCAGCCCAAUCCCAACCAGCCAUCUACUACCAAGGACAGACCUGUCAGACCGUGUAUGGGGUGACAUCACCAUACUCACAGACCACUCCACCCAUUGUGCAGAGUUAUGCCCAGCCUGGGCUCCAGUACAUCCAGGGCCAACAGAUCUACACAGCUCAUCCCCAGGGAGUCAUCGUGCAGCCACCCACAGCAGUGACCACCAUUGUGGCAGCUGGGCAGCCCCAGCCCAUCCAGCAGCCAGAGCUUGUGGUGACCAGUAACCUCCUGGACUUGCCUCCACCUUCUCCUCCAAAACCCAAAACCAUUGUCCUCCCACCUAACUGGAAAACCGCUCGAGACCCAGAGGGGAAGAUCUACUACUACCACGUGGUGACCAGACAAACCCAGUGGGACCCUCCCACAUGGGACAGCCCAGGGGAUGACACCAGCCUGGAACACGAAGCCGAAAUGGACCUUGGGACUCCGACGUACGACGAGAACCCCAUGAAGUCUUCCAAGAAGCCCAAGACGGCAGAAGCUGACACAUCCAGCGAGCUGGCCAAGAAGAGUAAGGAGGUGUUCAGGAAGGAGAUGUCCCAGUUCAUCGUGCAGUGCCUGAAUCCGUACCGGAAACCUGACUGCAAGGUGGGACGGAUCACCACCACCGAGGACUUCAAGCACCUGGCGCGCAAGCUGACCCAUGGAGUGAUGAACAAGGAGCUGAAGUACUGCAAGAAUCCAGAGGACCUGGAAUGCAACGAGAACGUCAAACACAAAACCAAGGAAUACAUCAAGAAAUACAUGCAGAAAUUCGGGAUCCUUUACAAGCCCAAAGAGGACACAGACCUGGAAUAG